AUGCUGGGGUCCGCGUUGGCGAUUUCUUAUCACAAGCCAGCAUGGAUCCCUCUGGGCGACUCACUGUCCCCUCGACUCGGCCAAGAUGUCACAAACGGCAACAGUGUUCUCGGCACGCUCGAUGCGCCGCGCCUAGCAAAGUUCUUGCCGGAUACACACGCGUCAAGGCACAGGCGCAAGGGCUAUAGCCCUACGGACAUCGGCAUUGGCGACGUCCCGGUGACGGGCGUCACCCGAUACUACAACUUCACCAUCACCGAGCAGAACAUUGCUCCCGACGGCGUUGUGCGAUCGGGCAUGGUCGUAAACGGGGGUUACCCUGGACCAACCAUCGAAGCCAACUGGGGCGACUAUUUCGAAAUCAGCGUGGUCAACGCCCUGCCGAAUGAGGGUACCUCCAUCCACUGGCACGGCUUGAUCCAGCAUGAGACUCCCUACAUGGAUGGUGUGCCCGGCAUUGUGCAGUGCCCCAUUGCCCCGGGGGGAAACUUCACCUACCGCUUCCGAGCAGAUCUGUACGGCACGUCCUUCUACCACUCGCACUACUCUGCGCAGUACACUGGUGGCAUCUACGGGGCGAUGAUCAUCCAUGGGCCGACUGAGAACGCGCAAUACGAUGAAGACAUUGGCCCCGUCCUUUUGAACGACUGGUAUCACGUGUCCUACUACACCACGCUCGAGCAAGCCAUGGCCCCAAUUUCUGCCAAGCUGCCUCCCCCUCAGUCGAAUAACAACUUGAUCAACGGCAAGAUGAACUAUCCCUGCGCGAACGCUACCGGCCUUCAGUGCACGCCCAACGCCGGCAUCUCCAAGUUCACCUUCCAAUCGGGCAAGACCUACCGCCUACGCCUGAUCAACGCCGGCGCCGAGGGCAUGCAAAAGUUCAGCAUUGACGGCCAUACCAUGACCGUGAUUGCGAACGAUUUCGUGCCGUUGAAGCCCUACCAGACAGACGUCGUGACGCUCGGCAUUGGACAACGGUCGGACAUCAUCGUCACCGCGACCGGCAAGGCCGGCCAGUCGUACUGGAUGCGCUCGGAUCUCGGCCUCAACGCCCUGUCCAAUCCGGCAGGCUGCACCAACAACGACGGUGUCUCGCCUCUGGCGCUGGCAGCCAUCUACUACGAAGGCGCCGACACCAACUCCGUCCCCACCACCAACUCCACCGUGCCCGAGUCCAGCAUCCAGUCGUGCAUGAACGACCCGCUCAACAUGACCGUACCCUACUACAGCCUCACGCCCUCCACCACGCCCGCCAUGUCGCAAAACAUCGACAUCACCUUUGCGAGCAACGGCACCAACUACCUCUUCUACAUGAACAACUCCACCUUCCGCGCCGACUACAACGACCCCAUCCUGCUCGAAGCGAAGCUCGGGCAGACCGUGUUCCCGGCGGAGGAGAACGUCAUCAGCACCGGCAACGCCAGCAGCGUGCGCUUCGUGCUCUACAACUACGCCUUCACCGGCGCCCACCCGAUGCACAUGCACGGCCACAACUACUGGGUGCUCGCGGAGGGCUACGGCACGUGGGACGGCACGGUGACCAACGCCGGCAACCCGCAGCGCCGCGACGUGCAGCUGCUGCCGCCGGCGCAGGUCAACGCCGACCUGGUCGUCACCUCGCCCUCGUACAUUGUGCUGCAGUUCAACGCCGACAACCCGGGCGUCUGGCCGCUGCACUGCCACAUCGCGUGGCAUGUGUCUGCGGGCUUGUACGUGUCGAUUCUCGAGAACCCGACGGCCAUCAAGUCCAUGCACAUCCCGAAGCCCGUGGCGCAGACGUGCCGCGACUGGGCCGCGUGGACGGGCAAGGAUGUGCCCGAUCAGAUCGACAGUGGGUUGUAG